AUGAUUCCUUGGUCCAUCGUUUCACUGUUUCUCGCGAUUACUCCGACGUUAACCAUUCCUCCACCAGAUUUUGGCUUUCCGGAAGCCCCAAAUCAUACCGAACUCUCGGUCACAUAUCAAGACAAUGGCGUACCCAUCGUUGUGGGAGAGGCAGAGCUGUUCGGAGUGGGCAUCACCGCCGAACAGCCUACGGUAGCAGUUGAGACCGCAAACUAUGAGUCUAUCUCCAGCUACAGUGGCUCCUAUGUCCUCAUCAUGGUUGAUCCUGAUGCCAGAUACCCAUCGAAUCCUACAUCUCGAUUCAUCCUCCAUUGGUUGCAAACCGACAUGACGCCUGCAUCAAUGGCGGCCGACGGCACCAGUCAGCUCAUGAACUCGACCGCACCUCGAGUAUCUUACCGCAGACCCUCUCCUCCUCCCGAUUCCUCUGCCCACCGAUAUAUCAUUUACACAUUCUUCCAACACGAGAACUUCACAUUCCCUUCCGCGUUUGAGGGUUAUAGCGAAACGAAUCGGUCAAAUUUCAACAUUACAACUUUCUUGGAUGAAUCCAAUCUCGGCCAGAGUCCCGCCGCUGCAAUGUACUACUUUGCGAGCAAUCAGACUCAAGUACCCCAAGAUUUCACUGCGGCAGGAGGUGGAACAUACCCUGGAGGAAAUGGUGACAUGAUCACGGCUGGGCCUGGUCCCAGUCCGACUCCAGCCUCCAGCUCAGCCGUCACAACCUCAUCUGGCUCCGGCAGCGCAAUGCCAAGUAGUGGCUCAAGCAGUGGUUCGGAGACUGCGUCGGCGACAGGUUCCGCAGCGUCAACAUCUGACACAAAUGCCGCCGGGAAGAUAGAACUAGGCACUGGUGUAUUCCUUGCAUUCUUGAUGGCUAUAUUGAACAGUUUUUGA